AUGGCUUCCAAGUGCCUCAAGGCCAGCUUCUCCUCCAGGUCCCUCAAGGGUCCGGGCGGGGCCGGCCUGGGCUCCCCCCGCAUGUACUCCAGCAGCUCCUGCAAGCUGCCCAGCCUGUCCAGCGGGCCCCAGCCUUUUUCUGCGUGCUCGGCUGGGCUGGGCCGAAGCAGCUGCAAGGCAGCCAGCUGCCUGCCUGCCUUCUGCCUCCCCGCCGGGGGCUUGCCCACAAGCUUCAGCAUGGGCGGGGGCUGGUGUGGGGAGGGCAUUCUCAACGGCCAUGAGAAGGAGACCAUGCAGUUCCUGAAUGACCGGCUGGCCAACUACUUGGAGAAGGUGCGGCAGCUGGAGCGGGAGAACGCGGAGCUGGAGGGCCGCAUCCGCGAGUGGUGCCAGCAGCAGGUGCCCUACGUGUGCCCGGACUACCAGUCCUACUUCCGGACCAUCGAGGAGCUCCAGCAGAAGACCCUGUGCAGCAAGGCCGAGAACGCCCGGCUGGUGGUGCAGAUCGACAACGCCAAGCUGGCUGCAGACGACUUCAGGACCAAGUACGAGACGGAGCUGUCCUUGCGGCAGCUGGUGGAGGCCGACAUCCAUGGCCUGCGCAGGAUCCUGGAUGAGCUGACCCUGUGCAAGUCCGACCUGGAGGCGCAGGUGGAGUCCCUGAAGGAGGAGCUGCUGUGUCUCAAGAAGAACCACGAGGAGGAAGUGGACUCGCUGCGCUGCCAGCUGGGGGACCGGCUCAGCGUCGAGGUGGACGCUGCCCCGCCUGUCGACCUGACCCGUGUUCUGGAUGAGAUGAGAUGCCAGUAUGAGACCCUCGUGGAGAAUAACCGCCGAGAUGCUGAAGACUGGUUCAGCACCCAGACGGAGGAGCUCAACCAGCAGGUGGUGUCCAGCUCGGAGCAGCUGCAGUCCUGCCAGGCCGAGAUCAUCGAGCUGAGACGCACCGUCAACGCCCUGGAGAUCGAGCUGCAGGCCCAGCACAGCAUGAGAGAUGCUUUGGAAUCCACUCUGGCUGAGACCGAGGCCCGCUACAGCGCCCAGCUGGCCCAGAUGCAGGGCCUGAUCACCAACGUGGAGUCCCAGCUGGCCGAGAUCCGGGCUGACCUGGAGCGGCAGAACCAGGAGUACCAGGUGCUGCUGGACGUGCGGGCCCGGCUGGAGGGCGAGAUCAACACGUACCGCGGCCUGCUGGAGAGCGAGGACGGCAAGUGA